AUGGAUUAAAAUAUAGAACUUUAAAUACAAUGUUCAAUUAAAGAACAUGACAGUCAUGUUUAAUUAGUUUGCAUAAAUGAUGCAUGUUCAGCGAAUAGAGUUUAUUGUUUCUAAUGUCUUUUAAAUGGAUAUCACGCAGACCAUCUGAAUGAUCAAUAUGAUUUAAAUAAAUUAAUAGAAUUGUUUCAAAAUAUUGAGAAAUAAAGCGAAAGUUUAAUUGAAAAGCUAAAUUUAAUGAUUGGGAAAAUUAAUGAAUCAUUGGCUUAAUUAAAUUAAGGAUUGAAAUAAAAAUAUCAAAUAAAAAAACAGAGAUUAUAAAAAAUGAAUGCAAAUUAAUUGAAUUAAGCUCUUGAUUAAAUUGUUAAAUAUAGUGAAAAUACAAAAAAUUUACAAGAAUGUGUAGAAAAAUAUUCAAAUUAGUUGAAUAAUUAAUUGAACGCGUAAAUUUAAGAAUUGAAACUAGAAUAAAUUAAUUAUUCAUAAAUCACUCAAGAGCAACUUCUUUAAGCCGAAGAGUUUUAUUAAAAAGGUAUUAAAGUAUUAAAAUAAGGAUAAUUAUUGUAUAAAAAUUAUAAUCAAUAUGAGGAAGCUAUAUAUUAUUUUGAUUAUGCCUUGCUUAAUAAUAAAAAUCAUUUUUUAUCAUUGGUUAUGAAAGGUAAUAAAUUCUUCUACUUUAUUUAUUAGCUGAUAGUCUACGAAUGCUUGGUAAAUAUGAUGAAGCAAUUUUAUAGGCUGAUAAAGCGUUGGAAAUUGAUUCCAAGCAUUUAAAUUCAUUAUUUACUAAAUGUAAUUAUUAGCUGAAUGUCUACGAAUGCUUGGUAAAUAUGAUGAUGCAAUUUUAUGGGCUGAUAAAGCGUUGGAAAUAGAUUCAAAGCAUUUGAAUUCAAUAUACA